CCCUCCCAUAUCAGUGAGUCUGUUUCCAAGCCCCUCCAAUCAUGUGAUGCAGGUGUUCCAAUCCCCUCCAUAGCUUGUAUUCUGGGGUUCCAAUCCCCCCUCCUUUUCUCGGAUUUCAGGUGUUCCAAUCAUGUGAUUCAGGUGUUCCAAUCCCCUCCAUAAUCAUGUGAUUCAGGUGUUCCAAUCCCCUCCAUAGAUGUGAUUCAUGUGGUCCAAUCCCUCCAUGGACACAGGUGUAUACAAGCAAGCCCCUAGCAUGCAGAGUCGGCGUCUACAGAUCCCGUGACAUUUCCUGGCUACAUAUAUUCCAAGCUC